UGCGGGUAUACUGCCCUACAGCGAGCGGCGUGCGAAGGUCACCUCGAAAUCGUCCGCCAGCUCAUCAAACACAACGCAAACGUCGACCAUCAGGAUGAUCAGCACGGCAACACGGCGCUCCACGAGGCGGCGUGGAAAGGCUACAGCCAGACGGCGGAGGCGCUGGUUCGAGCCAAAGCCAACGUGUACAUCAAGAACAAGGGAGGCUUCGCGCCCCUGCACCUGGCCUGCCAGAACGGCCAUAAUCAGACCUGCCGCGUCCUGCUCCUCGCUGGCUGCAAGCCCGACAUCAAGAAUAACUACGGCGACACGCCCCUGCACACGGCAGCGCGGUACGGCCACGCCGGCGUUACGCGGAUCCUCCUGUCGGCCAAGACCAACGUCGGCGAGAUGAACAAGAACGGCGACACAGCCCUGCACAUCGCGGCCGCCAUGGGGAGGAGAAAGCUCACCAGAAUACUGCUCGAGUCUGGCGCCGACCAGACGAUCAAGAACAAGCAAAACGAGACCCCGGGCGACAUAGCGAAACGAAAGGAGUUCGACCAGAUCCUGGAGAUCCUGAAGAAUCCUCCUCCUGUGGUGACUCCCAAGGGCGCGGCGGGGGGCAAGAGCGACAAGAAGCGAGAGAAGACCAACGACAGCGGGACCUCGAGCAAGGACAGCAGUACGCGGGCCAAGGAGAAGAAGAAGCACAAGGAGAAGCGCCGCGCGAAGCACGUGGAGUGGUCUCCCUAUGGGUGCCAGUUCUACCCUCCGGCCACGGCGGAGUUGGCGGCGCUCAACAUCGACUCCUUGCCCAAGGAACCGCUGGCCACGGGCGAGCAGUACUUCAUCGACCUCGCGGGAAAUAUCAAGAAGGGACCCGUCGGCGUGGGAUACACCUGCUACUGCGCGCCCUUCUUCAGGAAUGUGGAGAGCAAACUGGAGAAGGACAAGGUUGCGCUCAUGGACCACAUUGACGCCGCUCACGACAAACUCGAUGCCAAGAUCACCAACCUCGAGCACCGCACGCGGUCGCACAUUCAGCAUCUCAGCGACACCGUCAAGCAGAAGCUGGCGGCGGAGAAGGAAGAGUGUCGUCAGCGGGCGGAGAGAACCCGGGCGUCUCGCGAUGCGGAGGCAGAGCUGAGGGCGUCGCAACUCCGGCAGUGGGUGGAGCGUCGUCUCGCAGCGCAGAACUCAGGAAGCCCCGUCGCCCACACGCCCAGGACCUGCACUGCCUUCAGAGGCUCAAUCCGAAGGGGGAGGGACCCUGUGACGGGGCUCUUCCCUUUGACGAGAUCCCGCUCAGAAGAAGCUGUAUCAGAAUAUCGUGAGGAAGGAGAGAGCGAUCAUGAGCCUGUGUACAAGGGUCUCAGGGUGCUCGACCACCCGACCUCCAUGUACAACAUUCCUCAGACCCUCAACGACGAGCUUGACACUGUCAUUUAUGAUUCACCAAAGCCCAUCGCCUCACUGGUUCCCGGCGCCCUUCGAUGUCCCUCUCCAGACGACCAUCACAUCCGUAGUGUGUCUGCAGAUGGUCGCGGUGCACCGCCGACGAGCAGACAGGAGAGUCGAAGUCACUCAGUAGAUGCUCGACAAGUCCUGGGUGAUCCACGGAAUCAGACAGAGGAGAAGAGAGCCCCGGAGAAGAAUCGGGGUGAGAGUCCCGGCUGGCUGCCCACGAACAGAGACCUCCUGAACGAGUCUACCAGUAGUGACGCUUCUGCUGGUCGUCGAGGAAGUCGAGGGAGCCGAGGAGUAAGCGGGUCGUCUGCCCAGGGAUCACCUUUGGUCGGCCGCAUGAGUCGGUACUCCCCAGCUCAACCAUCGCCGCUCUUGCGCCGCCCGGACUUGACUUCUCAAGGCGAGGUGUUGAUUGCUCCUCCAAUGAGACCCGCGCCCCUGCACCACUCCGACCUGAAUCAGGCGGUGGACAACCUGCGGGUAUCGCACGCCGAGCACGGGGCAAUACCAAAGACUAACGGGCGAGCAGAGAAUCGCGAUGAGGACCGGGACGACACACACGACCAUCAGCAACAGGAAUGGAGUGGCUACAGUCGGUACGAUUACCGGAACACCAAUCCAUACAUGUAUGGGGACCUCCGCGGCCGCAACCCACAUGCAAGGCCACCUCCUAUCACCAGUGCGCCCCUGGAGCCCAAGGCCGCAAAGCCAGGGUACGAGGCUUACCCGCAAUAUCCAAAGACACCCGAGGAAGGACAGACGGCUGAGACGUACCACGCCUCACUAGCGCAAGCCCACGAAGACUUCGAUGCUGCGACCUAUCUGGAUAUGGACAGGUACAGGAUACAGCAAGCAGUGCGACGUCUGUAUGACGGUUACAUGGCUGAAGGCCGCCUCGACCCAGUCCAGCGACGGCCAAACUUGGAGUCGUCUCUGGAACACGAUUCUCACAAUGACUCCGGCUACUCGACCCGGCUAUGCACUGGCUCUCAGGGCCCCUCGCCUGCUCUCUCUGGUUAG